CGACCUCGUCCUCCAUGUUCACACGCGCGUAUACAUUGGUCUUAUGGGCGAUAUGAGUCCCUUCGAUUUUCUCGCACAUGAACUUUAACUACCUUCGUUAUUCUAGAGCCAACAUGUUCAAAUCUACCUUCAAUCCCAUUUUCUGGGAGCUUUUCCCCAUCCCCAAAUCUCCCAAACUGAUACCCCACCAUGCAAUCACCAACACACUUGCCAGAAGCACACCACAUGUUCGACAAAAUGUCCCUACGAAAUACGCAAUCGAUAUCGCUCCUCACCUAGCUCCCCCUACUUCUGCUUAUAUUCACCUCCCUUUCUGCCGCAAGCGUUGCCACUAUUGUGACUUCCCAAUUGUUGCUCUCGGCUCUGCUUCAACCCAAAUCGACGAUGACCCAGGAGUGAGUAACUACAUACAACUGCUCUGCAGAGAAAUCAAUGCAAUGAAGGUGGACAUUGAUGCUAAAACGCCUCUAGAGACUGUGUUUUUCGGCGGAGGGACACCGUCUCUCGUGCCAGCACGGAUGGUUUCGUUGGUCUUGGAAGCGUUGGGUGGGAAAUUUGGUGUGUGUGAGGAUGCUGAGAUUUCAAUGGAAAUGGAUCCUGGGACAUUUGAUGCUAGGAAGAUGGAAGAGAUGAUGGCGUUAGGAGUGAAUAGAGUAUCAUUGGGAGUUCAAGCAUUUCAAGAGAAGUUGUUGAGAGCUUGUGGAAGGGCACAUGGGUUGGAAGAGGUUUAUGAAUCUAUUGACACUGUCAAGUCAUGUGGGGUUGAGAAUUGGAGUAUUGAUCUUAUAUCUUCACUGCCUCAUCAGACAACUGAUAUGUGGGAGGAGACUCUGAGGCUUGCUAUUGAGGCACAGCCCACUCACGCUUCAGUAUAUGAUUUGCAAAUUGAACAGGGCACCAAAUUUGGAACACUGUAUACUCCAGGGGAAUUUCCCCUUCCUUCUGAGACUCAAUCAGCAGAGUUCUAUAAAAUGGCUUCAAGAAUGCUUUCUGAUGCAAAUUACAACCACUAUGAAAUCAGCAGUUAUUGCAAGAGUGGAUAUGAGUGCAAACACAAUUAUACCUAUUGGAAGAACAAACCUUUCUAUGGAUUCGGUCUCGGCUCUGCAAGUUUCGUAGGUGGAUUAAGGUUUUCAAGACCAAAGAAAGUCAAUAAGUACGUGACAUUCGUGCAGGAUCUAGAAAAUGGACUGUUAAAUUGCUCUUGCAGUGAUCAGAUUCAUGUCAAGGACACGGCCAUGGAUGUUGUGAUGCUGUCCCUGAGAACUUCAUUGGGUUUAGACUUAAAGAGUUUUGAAGAAUCAUUUGGUGGCUCCCUUGUGUUGUCUAUUUUGGAGACUUAUAGACCUUAUGUUGAGAGUGGACACGUCAUCUGCUUGGAUGAGAAUAGAAGAGUCAUUGGAGAAGAAGACCUUAGCACUUGUUUGUUCCGUGAGAAUAAGAAGGAAAAAAAGGUGGCUUGUCUACGGUUGAGUGACCCACAAGGUUUCCUUUUAUCAAAUGAACUAAUAUCUCUUGCUUUUGAGGUCAUGGAUUCUUAUGACUUUUGUUCUCCACACCAAGAGGCUGCUUGAGAGAGUGACCUUUUAUCUGUUAAAUAAUUUGUAAUGGGCAUAAUAAUUUUUUUUUGUAAUUAUUUUGUGAUAUUUUUUUAUUUUUUGCAUUAUUCUCAAGCAAUGGGUUGUGGUAUAUACGAGUGAUUAUCUUUCUUCCUCUCAA